UCUCUCCCGGCCAUUUUGGCGGCUGCUUUUGGUUGGGGCCGUCCCUCAUCUAAGGCAGGAAGAUGGUGGCUGCAAAGAAGACGAAAAAGUCGCUGGAGUCGAUCAACUCCAGGCUCCAGCUUGUUAUGAAAAGUGGAAAGUACGUGCUGGGGUACAAGCAGACUCUGAAAAUGAUCAGACAUGGCAAAGCAAAACUGGUCAUCCUCGCCAACAACUGCCCAGCCUUGAGGAAAUCUGAAAUAGAAUACUACGCCAUGUUGGCCAAAACUGGUGUCCAUCACUACAGUGGCAAUAAUACUGAAUUGGGCACAGCAUGUGGGAAAUACUACAGAAUACGCACACUGGCUGUCAUUGAUCCAGGUGAUUCUGACAUCAUUCGAAGCAUGCCAGAACAGACUGGUGAAAGAAAAGAGUUCAUUUGGAAGGAGGUGAUUUGGCAGGAAUUGAGUGGGAAGAAGCUUUAUAAGUGUGACAAGAGUUUGGAAAAGUGCCAAAGCCUUCUAUUCAGCUUUACCUAA